CCAGCUUGCUACAUUAGAAAAUACGUAGAAGAUGAAAUGUGGAUAGCCAUGGACAAGCGCAUCGUCAGCAUUCUUGGUUAUGACGGGACAAGGGACGUGAUUUAUGGCGUGGCAAGAACUAGAAUAGCCUACGUACGCUGCAACAUUACGAAAUGCGUGUCCAUUGGGAAGGAGUCUUGGCUAGCAAUAAGGGAUUUGCAAACCACAACCUUAGCCACGGAGAUUGCCUUUGUUCCUGAGACAGGUCAUGAUUUCACAGAUGCCCCCAUUUCUGUGUAUCACUUGACUGAUAACGAUGGAAACAUGUGGGGAGCUUCAGCUGUGGGUGUUCACCUUUACCGUGUGGAAGCACAGACAUGGAAAUUACAGGCUAAAUGGCGAGACAAGAAUCUCAGCAAGUGUCACAGCGGACCAUGUGAGAACGGUGCCUCUUGUGUUGGGAAUCACGAAAACUACACCUGCAUUUGUCCAAAAGGCUGGGAAGGAAAACACUGCGAGAUUAUUUAUACCCCCGGUUAGUUUUUAGUUGUGUUUGUUUGUUUUUAUUUUAUUUUAUUUUUUAUUGUCUUUGUUUUUGUUUUUUUGUUGUUGUUUUGAUCAAGAUGACAUCCAGUUGUACGGUUUGCCAUUCCGUCCCUGGGUGGUAGUCGGGGCAGCAGCAAAUGGUAUAUGACUAGGCCUCGCUUUGAUGAAAGGUUACUGUUAAGCUUGCAGCAGCAAAAUUAUUCACAAAUGCCAUAAAUUUAUAUUACUUGUUUAUUCCGACUACAGUCUUCAUGGAAACAACGGCAUGUACCAAGGUUAUACAUGGAAGCAACUUUGAAAUUGGCAGGCUGAGGGAUUUUUUAAAAACCACCAAUAAAAUUUGCCCUACGGACUUGUACAAUCUUGUUAGUCUGAAACUUUUACUCAUGCAGAUUUUUUUUCCAGAUUGC